UCCAGGCUUUUCCCAAACGUUUUAGGCUAUUAAGAGAGGGUAGAAGGAAGAGAGAGAGAGAGAGAAACAGUGUCGUUUUGAGACAAUGAGUAGGAAAAUGGGAUCGAACGCAGGCAGCUCCGGCGAGAACAGUUCUCCGAAUCCAUUGAGGAACCCAUUUCAGAAAAGUGGGAAUCAGGCGGUGUACGAGGUGAUUGAGACGAAGAACGCGUGCGUGAUGAGAGCUGACUUACCUGGGUGUCUCGAGUCAGACCUCACCUACUGGGUCGACACCGUCGGCGGCAACAACGUCCACUUCUUCGCCGACGAACCAGCCAUGCCCGAGUACGAAAGCGCGGGACGCAAGUACGGAGGCUCCAUGGUGGUCAACCCAGAGGCGUUCGACGUGAAGAAAGCUAAGGUGAAGCUUAUCAACGGAGUGCUCUGGAUCACCAUCCCUAAGACGAUCCCCGGCAAAUAAAGGCCUCUCUCCUCCAUUGGUGUCGUUCAGAAGAUCAUUCAUCGCACCUGAUUUUAGUGUCUGCAGUCUCUUCGUGAUUAGAUUUGUGGUCUAGCUAGCGUCUCUAUAUCUAUCAAUAACUUGCUCAUUAUCUAAUGUCUUUGAUGGUUUAAGUAUUCGUAAUUAUGAAUCUCAAUAAAUGAAAAAGUCGUCAGCUUUCUUUA